UGUGCCCUGAGGCCACCCCGGAGUACUGUCAGCCCCACACCAUCCAGGGGGCACUUCGUGUUCACGCAGGCUUUCCCUGCUGAAGCUUUGACCAAGAUUCCCAAGGCCGAGCCGAGCAUGGGAAACUACGGGGAGUCCAUGGGCAUGAUGUCACGGCCCGCUUGCCUCAGGAUCAAACCAGGAGACCCCAUGUCGUGCAUGGUGGCGUACAACGAGCAACCAUCAGCAGCCGCGGCUGGGCAGCCCCCCCCGGCGGCGGCACCGUCACCCCCUCCGCUCAGCCCCGGCGACCUGAUGAACUCCGAGGGCCACCAGUCCCAGAUGAUGUGUCCUCCCGGCUGCCCUACCAGCCCGGCUACACCUUUCCCCCACCACCAGGUGCACUAUCCCAACCAGUACGGCCUCUUCGACGAGUCGGUCAGCCUGCAGCCCAGCGGCCCCAGGGCCAUGCUCACUCCGCCGUCCUCGCCUCUGGAGCUACUGGACAGUAAACCCAAGCGAGGCCGGCGCUUGCCCAGGAAGCGGACAGCGGCGCACACCUGCACCUACGGCGGCUGGGGGGGGGGGAGGAGGAAGACUUACACCAAGAGCUCGCACCUCAAAGCUCACCUCAGGACACACACAGAACAUACGAACGGCGAAAGCGAGGCGAACAUUUCAUUGGGGAUCUGUAGCUGGUACUACCGCCCUAGAGAUGGGCUACGAUCGGAGACGUUGGGACGGAGGGAAGUGACACAGGGCGUGCUGUGGACAACUGGAGCUCGCCACAGUCCAGAGACCAGCCCGCAGGAGCCGGUCAUUAAAGACGCGGUCCCCGAACUCGCUAGGUGUGGGCGAUGGCAGAGGGACUGCCUGUUGAGAGCAACUCCACCUUCCCGCGGGCAAACCUGUGUAGAAUUGCUCAACUUACAAGGAGGCCGUUCGCCCCGCAGUGCAUAUGCUGGGUCUUUGAAAGGGCCAGCCAUUUUCUUCCACUUUUCCCCUCCAUCAAGGCCAUCUCCUUUGACAGCCGCUGCUGACCGUACCUCUACCGUCCUUUCUGACAGCCCGUCCACUGGGGUCAGCAAACCAGAGCCACCCCCAGUGCACGAAAGGAGAAGUUAG